AUGGCCCAGGGGAAUAAUUACGGGCAGACCAGCAACGGGGUGGCGGAUGAAUCACCCAACAUGCUGGUGUACAGAAAGAUGGAAGACGUCAUAGCACGCAUGCAAGAUGAAAAAAACGGAAUUCCUAUUCGUACCGUCAAAAGCUUUCUUUCCAAGAUACCUAGUGUCUUCUCUGGGUCAGACAUUGUUCAAUGGUUAAUAAAGAACCUAACUAUAGAAGAUCCAGUGGAGGCACUACAUUUGGGAACAUUAAUGGCUGCCCACGGCUACUUCUUUCCAAUCUCGGAUCACGUCCUCACACUCAAAGAUGAUGGCACCUUUUACCGGUUUCAGACACCCUAUUUUUGGCCAUCAAAUUGUUGGGAGCCAGAAAACACGGACUAUGCGGUUUAUCUCUGCAAGAGAACAAUGCAAAACAAGGCAAGGCUGGAACUAGCUGACUAUGAAGCUGAGAGCCUGGCCAGGCUGCAGAGAGCAUUUGCCCGGAAGUGGGAGUUCAUUUUCAUGCAAGCAGAAGCACAAGCAAAAGUGGACAAGAAGAGAGACAAGAUUGAAAGGAAGAUCCUCGAUAGCCAAGAGAGAGCGUUCUGGGACGUUCAUAGGCCUGUGCCUGGAUGUGUAAAUACCACUGAAGUGGACAUUAAGAAGUCAUCCAGAAUGAGAAACCCACAUAAAACACGGAAGUCUGUCUAUGGUUUACAAAAUGACAUUAGAAGUCACAGUCCUACCCACACACCCACACCAGAAACUAAACCUCCAACAGAAGAUGAAUUACAACAACAGAUUAAAUAUUGGCAAAUACAGUUAGAUAGACAUCGGUUAAAAAUGUCAAAAGUUGCUGAUAGUCUGUUAAGUUACACGGAACAAUAUGUAGAAUAUGACCCAUUUCUUGUGCCACCUGACCCUUCUAACCCAUGGCUGUCUGAUGAUACUACUUUCUGGGAACUUGAAGCAAGCAAAGAACCAAGUCAGCAGAGGGUAAAACGAUGGGGUUUUGGCAUGGAUGAAGCAUUGAAAGACCCAGUUGGGAGAGAACAGUUUCUUAAAUUUCUAGAGUCAGAAUUCAGCUCAGAAAAUUUAAGAUUCUGGCUAGCAGUGGAAGACCUGAAGAAAAGGCCUAUUAGAGAAGUCCCUUCCCGAGUUCAGGAAAUAUGGCAAGAAUUUCUGGCUCCUGGAGCUCCCAGUGCCAUUAACUUGGAUUCUAAGAGCUAUGAUAAAACCACACAGAAUGUGAAGGAACCUGGACGAUACACAUUCGAAGAUGCUCAGGAGCACAUUUACAAAUUGAUGAAAAGUGAUUCAUACCCACGUUUUAUAAGAUCCAGUGCCUAUCAAGAGCUUCUACAGGCAAAGAAAAAGUCGGAACACUCAAUGGAUCGCAGAACAUCUUUUGAGAAAUUUGCACAGAAUGUGGGCAGAAACAUCCCUAUUUUCCCAUGCCAUAAAAACUGUACACCAACACUGAGGGCCAGCACUAACCUGUUAUGA